AUCAUAGGAAAGAGUUAAGUAGUAGUAUCAAAACAGUAUUUAUUUCUCUAAUCUAUGGUAAUGAUCAGUAGUGAUAUGGUAGUGAUGAUUGUUUUUAGAUAUCUUCGCUUCGCAUUAAGUUACUCCUAUCUUGGUUCUUCUUGAUAUCACUUUAAAAAUAACUGUUGUUAAUGACAACAACCAACAACAACUUAUAACUUUGGGCUCGAGACGAAAAGGAAAAAGUCGUGCAAAUGCAGAGGAUACUGUACGUUCCGGGUUGUGUAUUGGGGAACGGGGAAAUAUAAUGUCUUUAACCUGAAACGUAUUUAACAAAAUACUUAAAUGAAGACAAGUAAUUAGAAUAAUGACUCAAAAAGUAAAUAUUUGUCGAUUUUGUUUAUCAGAAUCAAACAGCGUGCUUCAAAUACUUCGCAGUGAGCAUAACAUUGCGGAAAAGGUAGAACAACUUACAUCAAUUAAGAUCUUGAGUAAUGAUAAAUUGCCCAAAACAAGUUGCUUAAAAUGCAUUGAAAAUAUCAACAGAGCUUACAAAAUCAGACAGAACAUAAUAAUAGCUCACAGAUGUCUACAACAAAAAUAUUACCAAAUUUGUAGAAAUGCUGUUAGAAACAGUUCCCCUCAGCAAGAAUGUAUUAAUAAAUCGUCUAUUAAAUCUCCAAAUGCUCCAGAAAAGCCUGCUAUUCAGGUUGGUAAAAUAAAUCCAUCUAACCAAUCAAACAUCACAGAAAGUGGAGAUUCUACUUUAGACAGUCCAUUUGAGACAGUAUUCCUUCCCAGAGUGAGUAAAGGUGAGAAUGAAGUCACUAUCAAUAUAGAUGAAAUAACUGAGGCUGAAGAGCAAAGGAUUAUAAAAAAAGCAGGAUCUAUAGCUGAUGUUGUUAAACAGAGUGAAAAGCACAAAUUUAUACAACAGAGGUUACAUCAACAGAAACUACAGCAAUACCAUCUACGACUUUUGCAACAACAGAGAAUUCAUUUGGCAAGGAUCCAAUUGCAACAACAACGUUUACAAAAACUUCCAUUGACACAGCAAAAAAGACAAUUAGAACUGCAGAGAUUGCAGCAGUUGCAAAGACAAAAGUUUAACAUACAACAGAAACAAAGACAAAUUUCUGCUGCACUAAAGCAAACCUUUAACACUCCAAGUAAUAAAGUCGAAAAAUCGAGUCCUCUUCCUCAAAAAGCGCCACUUUUACCAAGAAAAUGUGAAGUAUGUGUUGAGACAUUUGAUGAUGAUUAUGCAUAUAAGUUGCACAUGAAAAAGCACCAGAGCAAGACCUGUGACCUCUGUAAUGUUACUAUUCGUGCAGACAAUUUUAAAAAGCAUAUGGAUAAUGUCCACAAAGAUGAACCAGCCGUUUGUGAAGUUUGUGGCAAAGUGGCCAAAAAUAAAGAAAGUCUAAGGGGACACAUGUACUAUAUUCAUCUUAACAGGAAGACAUUUCAAUGUGAACAUUGUAAUAAAUAUUUCCAAUCAAAACAUGGGUAUUUGCAUCAUUUGAAGAAAACUCAUUUAGGUAUUAGAAACCAACAAUGUGAUAUAUGUGGAAAAAAGUUUUAUUCUAAUUAUGAUCUGAAAAAGCACAUUAAUAUGACUCACAAAGGCUCAAGGCCACACAUUUGUCCCUAUUGCAGUAAGGGCUUUUCUAGUACCAACGCACGAAAAGUGCAUAUGCGUCAACACACCUUAGAAACUCCAUACAAAUGUGAAGAAUGUGGAGGUGGUUUUCGGCAAAAAGUUUCUCUUAAAACUCAUAUGAAAUCUAAACACAAUUUAGAUUUGAAGGAGGUGGAAGCUACCCAGAUAAAAUUAAGUAGCGAGGAAGUCAAAGUUGAAGAAGAAACAGUUUGGAAAAAGGAUUAUUCAUCGGAUUCAAAAUAAUCUCCAUACUCUUUUUUUUAUUUUUAAGUGAUGUAUAAUUUCUUUGCUUAUGCAGCUAAUUUUUUCUUAUUGUUGCUUUAGCAAUAUAGGAAAUUCUAUUGAAUACAUAAUAAGUGUA